GGAGCGCCGGCGAGCGGGCGCGCGCUGGGGGCGGGCCGGCGGCGGCCAUGGACCGCUUCGUGUGGACCAGCGGCCUCCUGGAGAUCACCGAGACCCUGGUGAUCCAGCAGCGCGGGGUACGCAUCUACGACGGCGAGGAGAAGAUAAAAUUUGAUGCUGGGGCCCUCCUUCUCAGUACACACCGACUAAUAUGGAGAGAUCUGAAAAACCAUGAAUGCUGCAUGGCCUUUCCUCUUUCCCAAAUUGUGUUCAUUGAAGAACAGGCAGCUGGCAUUGGGAAAAGUGCCAAAAUAGUGGUUCAUCUUCACCCAGCACCUCCUAACAAAGAACCUGGUCCAUUCCAAAGUAGUAAGAAUUCCUAUAUCAAACUCUCCUUCAAAGAACAUGGCCAGAUUGAGUUUUACAGGCGUUUAUCAGAGGAAAUGACACAGAGAAGAUGGGAGAAUAUGCCAGUUUCCCAGUCGGUACAAACAAGUAGAGGACACCAGCCAGGAAGAAUAAGGGCUGUAGGAAUUGUAGGUAUUGAAAGGAAACUGGAAGAAAAAAGAAAAGAAACUGACAAAAAUAUUUCUGAGGCCUUUGAGGACCUCAGCAAGCUAAUGAUCAAGGCUAAGGAAAUGGUGGAGUUAUCAAAAUCAAUUGCUAAUAAAAUUAAAGACAAACAAGGUGACAUCACAGAAGAUGAGACUAUCAGGUUUAAAUCCUACUUGCUAAGCAUGGGAAUAGCUAAUCCAGUUACCAGGGAAACCUACGGCUCAGGCACACAGUACCACAUGCAGCUGGCCAAACAGCUGGUUGGAAUACUACAGGCACCUUUAGAGGAACGAGGAGGAAUAAUGUCUCUGACGGAGGUGUACUGUUUAGUAAACCGUGCUCGAGGAAUGGAAUUGCUCUCACCAGAAGAUUUAGUGAAUGCAUGCAAGAUGCUAGAAGCACUGAAAUUACCUCUCAGGCUCCGAGUUUUUGACAGUGGCGUCAUGGUACUUGAGCUUCAGUCCCACAAGGAGGAGGAAAUGGUGGCCUCAGCCCUAGAGACAGUUUCAGAAAAGGGAUCCUUAACAUCAGAAGAGUUUGCCAAGCUUGUGGGAAUGUCUGUCCUGCUGGCCAAAGAACGGUUGCUUCUUGCAGAGAAGAUGGGCCAUCUUUGCCGAGAUGACUCAGUGGAAGGCUUGCGGUUUUAUCCAAAUCUAUUUAUGACACAGAGCUAAGGACUUUGUAUUUGAAAUACUUUUUAUCCAUAUACUUGUAUCAUGUAGAAGUUGUAUGGCAUUAAGCUAAGAGAUAAAUCCUGAUAAACUGAGAAUUCAUUGGAAUUUCAAAGUAUAAUAUAAAAUUCUUAAUUUCUUCCUAAAUAUUAUGGUCCACGAAGCUUAUUUAGGAUAAAAAUAGGAAAAUACAAAAAAUUGAAUGCCAGUAUGAAUUUAAAAUCAUGUCAUAAUUGUGUAGAACCCUCAGAGUUUAACUUGAAACAGUGAAUUUUAAUUUGAUCCUCAAAUCUGACCAUUUGUAUAAAAGGGAAUUUAUUUCUUGGGGUCAGAUAAAGAGAAGUUGCAUGUUUGGGCAGUUAGACCAGUGUUUUUCAUGCAACAGAAAUUCCCUGAAUUCUAAAUGAAGUUUUUCCCUGUAUCUAAUGAGCCCAUUUGGGGGAUCUUCAGGAAAAAAGUUGUCCUUAUGAGAACCUGAGAACAUGGGAACAAAUAACAAACUGCGUAAUGCAGUGUCAGGCUCCUCCUAAGGGCUUUCAGAAACAGUCAUAGGCAUGUCUUCAACAGACCAAAUAAAGUACCUUUUAAUAAGGAGAGAAUUUUAUUUGAUUAUGAACGUAUAAUAUGACUAAUUUCUUUUUUUUUAAGUGAUGAUUUCAUGGCUGGCAUUUAAAGAAUGCAACCAUACCAUUUGUUUCAAAAAUGCUGUGGAUUUGGACACUGAAUUAAGAGCUGUGUAGACAUGCCCAGAUGCAUGAUUUCAAGUUUGGGGGGUAGACAGCCCAGGCAUUCUCUGAGAUUGCGAUGGGUCCCUGGGCAGGAGGCACCUUUAACUGGCUUAACAGAAACCUCAGAUCCUUAGUGCUCUUUUACCUCAAAGCCAAGGGCAAGGAAACAGAAAACAGAAAAGAAAUGUUUCUUCUUACUUCCUUUAAGGAAUUUCAGCACUGAGCUUUAAAAAAUCUUUCUAUCACAUUUCAGCAAAUUUUUCUUUUGUUCUUGGCCCUGCAUAUUGUAAGUUAUGUGGAGAAACUGUUUUGUUAAAAAGUGUUAUUGAGAUAACAAGAACGUCUAAUACUGAAUUUCGACUGCUUGAGAUUUAGAGUGGCGUGCCUGACUCCAUAUGUCACUGCUAAAUGGCAUACAGUUUGCUGGCAUUGCCUCAAACUCAGGGACCCCCAUGGGCACAGAAAGGGACGCCCAUCUCAGACUGAGUUGGAAGAGAGGGUGGUGAUGGUUCUUCGAUGUGCCAUGCCUCUGCAGGGGCCUGCAUUGAGAGAAACAUGGGGACUCGGAGGAGAGACACCUGGGCUGAGGCUCUGGGAUCCCUGUCACGUUCUCCCAGAGGGAGGCAGAGGGCCCCUUGGGGAGGGUCCAGGGAUCCUCAGCUGCCAACCCAGGGAAUCCCUCCAGGGGCAGCCACAGUCAGUCCUGAACCCCGCCUGGAAAGCCACUGUCACUGCCUGGUGACUUCCAGCAUGGCUGUAUAUCCAACUUUAGGCUUUGUUUUCCAAACCUGUCACUGAUUCUUCGGUGGCAUGAUCGAUCCAUUAAUUCCCCCAGUGAACAGCCUCAGGUUUGUUUGGGUCUAAUUGAGUGUCUGGCUGCCUAGUCCUGUCAGGGAUUAGCUGGGCCAUUGUGUAAACAACUUGUAUAUGUCACUCUUCUGUCUCACACACGCACAGACACACAGACACACACUUCACACACUAUCUCAUCUGUCUCAGGUUUUUAAAAAUUACAAAGAUAAGUAAAUAAUCUGUUUCACCAAUUGGAAUGAAUUGCAAUUAAGAUGGAACUAGAGGAUCUAGCUCUGAUGUAAUAGUUACAGCAAAUCCACAUAACUUACUGGAUUUGCUUUAGUGUGACAACAGAUUAACGGAAAUGGCACAAUCAUAAUUGCAUAAAGUGAAUUAAAGAGGAAGAAAAGUGACAUGAAUAUAUUUUGAAAAUGUCACAUUAGUUAAAAAAAAGUAUGAUUGGGUUUAUUGUUUUAUGUUUCAAGUGGGCAUUCUUCAUUGUUUCUAGACCUCUGUAUGUAUUAUUAUCUUUUUUUUUUUUUCCAAAUAAGCUGUUAUUCUAGUCUUACUAUUGGUAGAGGUCAUAUUUAACCACAACCAAUCAGGCCCUAAGUGCAAAAAAGUUUUGUCUUGGUGCUUUCCACUGGUAUAAUGAUUACUUUUGGUCUCCUAACCUUGCUCUGAGGAGCAAAAAAUCUAUUUCUAGCUUUAUGGUAAUGGAAUAUUUCUAGUCACUUAUUGUCAAGAAAAAAAAUUUUUUUACAUUAUAUAAGUGAAGAUUGUUUUCAGGGUUGAAUGAUUGGUAUUAAUGUAUAUAUAUAUAGUAAACUUAUUGCAAAAUUAAAAAACGAUUUUUCCGAACUUGGUGUUCUUUUUAAGUACUUUUAAAAAUAUAUAUAUGAAAAUGAUAAACCUUAAAGUCAGAAUAAGCCAGUAUGUUAAGAUUUCUUCUUUUAGACUUUUUAAUCCAGAAUUGAUUAUAAAUAUUUAUAACAUCAAGCCCUUCCUGUUUGGGUUAUUUUAAAAGAAUGGGAAUGGUUCCUGAAGUUUCAAAAAACUCUUGAUGUGAAGUCCACUGUUAAUUGCCCAUGUGUUUUCAUGUGAACGUGCUAUCUCUUGUUCCCUGGUAGCAGACUAAUCUGACCAGAACACGGACUCAUCACUGAGCAUCAUUCUCACACUCAAAUACUUAAGUUGGAUCUCCUUAGCCCAGCAGUCUCAGUCUUCAUUUUGGUACAGUAGAGUCACAACUUACAAGGUCAUUAGGUUAUAAGGACUGUGCUUUUAGAGACAAAAUCGAGUCUGUGCUCAAAAUUAUCCUUGAAAAUUUCUUAAAUUGCCAAUAAAAUUCAGUAUCUAUAGUCUUGCAGUUACAUCGCUAUAGAGGGAUAUGUGUGUAUGGAUAUAUUACAACUAUAGUGAAUAUAAUAUAUAUUGAAGACUAUCAACAGUAUAUUUUCAUAAAAGUUUUAAUAAUUAUAUUAUUGACACUAAAUGUGCAUGUCUUUUUUCUUUUUUCUGCUACUAUUUAAAUGUGCAUGUCUUUUUUCUUUUUUCUGUAAGCUUAUUGCUAAUCUCAUCCCCCAUGAUGAAUAUAGAGUGUAAGCUGCACAAGGGCAGAGAUUUAUAUCUGGUUUGCUCAUGGAUAUAUCCUCAGCCUAGAAGAGAGGCUGGCACACAGUAAAUAUUUGCUCAGUGAA